CAAAGCUAUCAUACCCUUCUCUGCCUUAAAUAUUUUUUUUGGGGGGGUUCGAAAACGAAGAAGAAGGAGAACAGGAAGGAGUUACCAUCGCCUGAUGCAGCGAACGACGACGGACAACGAAGAACUGAGGAUAUCAUCUACGUUCAGCUGCGACGAGACCGCACCGUUCUUCGGCUUCCCUGGAUCUCUUCCAGAGAAGGCUUUGAGUAGGCAUCGUUGAAGACGGCGCUACAAAUAAACGAUGCAGCUGCGAACAAUGGAAUAGCAGACCCGGUUAUUUGUAUUCACACUUGAGAAAAAAAAAAUGGAGGAGAUGGCGGUUUCAUCGGGAUUCGACUACGAGGUGUUCUUGAGCUUCAGAGGACCAGAUACUCGAGCAGGUUUCACCGACUUCCUUUAUGUUAGCCUGAUUGAUGCGGGAAUCCGUGCGUAUAGAGAUGAUGAAGAGUUGCGCGUUGGGGAAGAGAUUGGCCCGGAGCUUCUCCAAGCAAUCAAGCAGUCAAGAAUCUCCAUACCCAUCUUCUCCACACGAUAUGCCUCUAGCAAAUGGUGUCUCAAGGAGUUGGUCCAGAUGGUGGAGUGCAAGAAAAACAUGGGACAGAAGAUCAUGCCCAUUUUCUAUGAUGUGGAACCUUCCCAAGUUCGGCACCAAACUGGUGGGUAUGAACAGGCCUUCAUUGAGCAUGAAAGCAAGGGGCGAUACAGUGAUGAAACUAUUAGCAAGUGGAAGGCUGCUCUUAGUGAAGUCGGAGCACUGAAGGGUUGGGACCUCCAUAGCAUGCCCAACAGGCACGAGGGAGACUUUGUGAAAACACUUGUCAAAAAGGUUUUCGGUGAGUUGAAAAAGGGUUUUUUGGUAUUAUCAGAUUGCUUGGUUGAAGUCGACAAUCACGUGAGUGAAAUCAUGAGAACAAUUGGCCCUCGGACACAUGAAACAUGGAUUGUUGGUAUCCAUGGAAUGGGUGGUGUUGGAAAGACCACUCUUGCCAAAAUCAUCUACAAUCAACUUUCACCUAAUUUUGAGCAUCGCUGUUUCCUUUCUAACAUUCGAGAAACUUCGGAGGUAAAUGGUGUUGAGUACUUGCAGAAUCAGCUGAUCUCAGAUAUUCUCAAAAAGGAACGGAAAGAUAUAAGCAUAAGGAAUAUAGACGAAGGAAUUGAGAUGAUUAAAGAUAGGCUAUGUGGUAAAAGGCUUCUCCUUCUCCUUGAUGAUAUUGACAAAAAGAAUCAAUUGAAUGUACUUAUGGGCAAGCGCAAUUGGUUCGGUGAAGGAAGUAAGGUUAUCAUCACUAGUAGAAAUAAAGAGGUUCUCAACGUUCCUCAAGUGGAUUGGACCUAUGAACUGAAAUGCAUGGAUCCCAACAAAUCUCUUCAACUUCUCAGUAAACAUGCCUUCAGAAGUGAUCAUCCUUUGGAUGAUUAUCUUGACAUAUCCAGAAAGGCAGUAGGUAUUGCUGGAGGUCUUCCUAUAGCUCUCGAGGUUAUAGGUUCGCUUUUAUCAUGUAACAGGAAAGAAAUGUGGGAUGUCAUAUUGAAAAAGUUGGAAAAAGUUCCUCAUGAGGAAGUUAGCAGUAAACUCAGGAUAAGUUAUGAGGCAUUAGAUGAUCGCCAAAAGCACAUCUUUCUUGAUAUGGCUUGUUUUUUCAUUGGAUAUGACAAAGAAAUUGCCAUCUACAUGUGGGAUGAGACUGAAUUUUUUCCAGAAGAAGCAUUGGAAGUUCUGCAGCAUAUGUCCUUGAUAAAGAUUGACGAAAAUAAUACAUUGUGGAUGCAUGAUCUAAUAAGGGACAUGGGGCGAGAAAUCAGCCGCCAGGACAGUAAUAUGGUAACAGAGAAGCAGACUAGGGUGUGGAAUGUUGAUGAAGCAUUAAAUUUGCUGAUGACAAAACAGGAAAAGGAAAAAGUUGAAGCUCUCCGUCUCGAGUUUCGCCAUCCGGCAGGACAACGUUUUGCGGAUGAGGAAUUUAUGAGAUUUCCAAAUCUAAGGCUCCUUGUAGUUAAUGGCGGGACUAUAGGGCAGUGGUCUAUGUAUCGUUUAAGUCUGGAAACAAUGUUCAAAAUCAAAUUUGGCAUAGAAGAGCAGACUUCACGGCAGAAUUUUCAUCUCCCGACCAACUUUUUCCAGAAGAAGUCACAUCUACUUCCGAAACUGCGAUGGCUUGCUUGGCAUUAUAUUCCUCGAGACUUUGACAUAGCCAAAUUAUCCAUGAGGAAUCUAGUUGUUCUCAGUCUAGCACUGAGCACCAUUACCCAUCGUUGGGACGGUUGGAGCCAUAUAAAGAAGGCAAAGAGCUUAAAAGUUCUGGAUUUGACGUCUUGUUGGCACUUGGUUGAAACUCCCGACUUCUCAGGACUUGCAAAUUUAGAGCGACUGAUCAUGCAUAGCUGUGGAAGCUUGGUUAGAGUUGAUAAAUCCAUCGGUCAGUUACAGCGCUUAAUUUUAUUAGAUGUCGGGUAUUGCUGGCAACUCCGUGACUUGCCAAAUGAGAUUCAUAAGCUAAAGUCUUUGAAAGAGCUCCUUAUUGUUGGCACACGAUUGCAAGACAAUAUGAGUUCGAGCCCGUCCUAGGGACAGCAUCGUUAGCUUAUAUUAUGAAAAACAGAGAGCACAAAGAGAAUGAAGAAAAUUAAUAUUGUUGUAUCAUGUUUGUCUUUGUGUUGCGUUCUUUCACAGUUUCUGGGACGUUUGAAAUUCCGUUUGCUGAACACUGAAAGUUGUUUCCUGGAUGGUAGAUAUGUAACAUUGAUAUUAAAUUCUACAUCA